AGAGGGCCUGAUCAUGACUUUAGUACCGUUAUAAAUACCAACAUCUCUUGAAAUAACAAACACAGAGAGUGUUACUAUAUUACAAGAGAGAAAUGGAGACUAUUGGCAAUUUAUGGUCACAACUAGGCUCAAUCAUGGCAUCCAUAAUGUUUGUAUAUGCAAUAUACGAGCAAUUCUUCCCACCUUCCCUUCGAACCUACAUCCGAAAACACACACAAUCCUUCACUAACUUUUUCUACCCUUACAUCCAAAUCACCUUCCCGGAGUUCACCGGCGAAAAGCUCCGCCGCAGCGACGCCUACACUUGUAUCCAGACUUACCUCAGCGAAAACUCCUCCAAAACCGCCAGACGGCUCAAAGCCGAAGUCGUCAAAGACAGUCAAACGCCGCUCGUGCUGAGCAUGGCCGACAACGAAGAAAUCACGGACGAGUUUAACGGCGUCAAAGUCUGGUGGUACUCCAACCACACCACACCAAAAACGCAGUCGUUUUCGUUCUACCCUGCUUCCGACGAGAAGCGGUUCUUAACGCUGACGUUUCAUCGGCGGCACCGCGAUCUCGUCACCGGCUCUUACAUCAAUCACGUGUUGGAGGAAGGGAAAGCGAUUUCCACGAAGAACCGCCAGUUGAAGCUCUACACGAACAAUCCAAGUGAUAACUGGUACGGAUACAAACGCACCAAGUGGAGUCACAUAGUUUUCGAGCACCCUGCGCGGUUCGAGACUCUGGCCAUGGAUCCGAAGAAGAAACAAGAAAUCUUAAACGAUCUUGUUAAGUUCAAGAAAAAGGCUUGGAAGAGAGGGUAUUUGCUGUACGGUCCUCCAGGGACUGGAAAGUCAACAAUGAUAGCUGCAAUGGCGAAUUUCAUGAACUAUGAUGUGUAUGAUCUUGAAUUGACGGCUGUGAAGGAGAACACCGAGUUGAGGAAGCUGUUGAUUGAGACAACUGGGAAGUCUAUUAUCGUAAUUGAGGACAUUGAUUGCUCGCUGGAUCUUACUGGACAGAGGAAGAAGAAGAAGGAGAAUGAGGAGAAUGAGGAAGAUCAGAAGGAUCCAUUGAAGAAAGCUAAGAGUGAAGAGGAGAAGGGAAGCAAGGUAACGCUUUCGGGGCUGUUGAACUUCAUUGAUGGGAUAUGGUCUGCGUGUGGAGGGGAGAGGAUUAUAAUCUUUACGACGAAUUUCAUCGAUAAGCUUGAUCCUGCAUUGAUAAGGAGGGGAAGGAUGGACAAGCAUAUUGAGCUUUCUUACUGCGGUUUCGAAGCGUUUAAGGUUCUUGCAAAGAACUAUUUGGAUGUUGAGAAUCAUGGCUUGUUUCCGGUUAUUGAGAGGAAGUUGGUUGAGACUGAUAUGACGCCUGCUGAUGUUGCUGAGAAUCUUAUGCCCAAGUCUGUUGAUGAAGAUUCGGAUACUUGUUUAAGGAAUUUGGUUAAGUCGCUCGACGAGGCGAAGGAGGAGGCGGAGAGGAAGAAGAAGAAGGAAGCAGAGGAGGAAGUAAAGAAGAAAGCUGAAGAAGAAGAAGCAGCUAAGUUGAAGGCAGAGAAAGAAAAAGAAGAGUUAGCAAAAGAGAAAGAAGUGAUUUGCAAUGCUAAAUCUGAUGGUGAUGGUGGAGUGAAAGAAAAUGGUGUCUUGCAUUGAUUUCAAUUAGGAUUAGUGAAUUUCAAACAGUUAUGCUUUAAUGUUAAAUAAUCUUAUGUGCAGAUUAGUAGUAUCAGUAGACAGUAGGAGUAUUUUGCUAUUCAAAAUUGCAUAUGUGGUUUUCUAGUUUUAGUUCAUGUUUAACAUGUAAAUGAAAUAGUUGAUUCAUGUGGAUAAGGUUUGGAUAUAAUUAUGAAUAUAAAUUGGGAUCCGAAAAAUCUCAGUCAUCAGUUGUUUUAAUUAAA